AAGCAUAUGACGAAAUACAAGUCCUGUCAACCAAUGUGUUUAGAUAUCCGGGUGCAAAAUUCAAACGGAAGACUAUUACAUGUACAAAAUGAAAUUGUCUAAAUAAUACUGAAAGGAACUGGAGUUUAUGAAAUGAGCAACAACAAGUCUGUUCAAGUGAAGAUUGAACUAGGGCAUAGAGCCUCUCAGAGAGAUUCGCCAUCACCAGAAGGGUACACACAUGAUUGGACUGUUUAUGUCAGAGGACCAGAGGGUUGUAACAUUUCAAAUUUUGUUGAAAAGGUUGUUUUCAAUCUACAUUAUAGUUUUCCGCACCCAAAAAGAGCUGUAGUUGCACCACCAUACCAUGUGGCAGCAAGUGGUUAUGCAGGAUUCACAUUGCCAAUAGACAUUUAUUUCAAAAACAAGGAGGAACCAAAAAAAAUCAGAUUUCAGUAUGACCUAUUUCUAAAAUUAGAUGAUACACCAGUUAAUCAUAUACGAUGUGAGAAAUUAACAUUCCAGAAUCCAACAGAUGAAUUCAAGAAAAAACUACUGAAAUCAGGAGGUACCUUGGUUGGCAGUGGUGCUAAUCUUGACAACAGUGGGAAUGGCAAACAGUUUACAGAAUUAUUUGGCCAGCCAAUCACAGCUGAUUCAGUAAAGAAAGAUAAGAAGUCAAGCACUAAGGAAAAGGACAAAGACAAAGAGAAAAAACCAAAGCAUACAGGUAGUGUGUCAUCAGAAAGCACGUCAAAAUCAUCAGCGAUUCCAUCUAAAUCAACUGAACAGACGCCAAGUUCCAAAGAUCAUAAAAGUUCCACACCAAAAGAUAAGCAUUCAUCAUCAAAGCCUUUAAAAAGGCCGUCAGAUGCCACUGAUACCAAUCCACCUAAAAAACAGAAGAGGAGUUCCUCCAUUUCCUCUAUACACUCUGAGGAUAAACAAAGACUAAAAUCCGAAACAGAUAAAAUUAAACAUUCUAAACACAAGGAAAAGAAGAAAUCUUCAGAAUCUUCCCACAACUCCCAUGAUAGAAAAGUGACAUCGUCGUCAGAUCAUAAAUCAAGCUCUCAUCAUAGGAACGAACACAAAUCAAAACCGGACACGUUAGUGGCAACAAAAAAGAUUAAGGAUGUACCAAUUAAGAAAGAAGAUAGUGUGACAAAGCGAGAUGAGACGAAAAAACCUGAAAAUACUUUUUCAAAGAAAGAUUUUAUUAAAGUCAGAAAAAAUUCUGUGGAUGCCCCGGUAAAAAAGAAAGCAAGGAUUUCUGAAUCCAGUAGUAGUAGUGGAAGUGGAAGUAGUGAUAGUGACAGUAACUCUAGUAGUGGAUCAUCAUCUUCUUCGUCUGAUUCUGAGUCUGAAUUAUCUGAUAAUGAGGUGGAGGUUAAGAACAAAGAGGUGGAGUUGGGUCACGAUAGUGGCAAUGAUACAGAUAUUUUUGCGGAAGAUACCGAAGAUACUAAAGGGAGACAAACUCCUGAUGCAGAGUAUGUGUCUGUUGUUACAAGUGAAACUUUGAAUAGACCUAGAGCUGAAGCACUUAAUGACAUAUUAAAACAGCUUGGCAAUGACGAUGAUGAUGACGAUAGUGAUUAUGAGGCAUUUGCAGCCUCUGAUUUAAUGUCACACCAUAGACCUUUUGCAAAAUCGUCUCCAUCAUCAGUUAAAAGUUCAUCAUCAGUUAAAAGUUCAGCUUCUGUCUCUAGAAGAAUGGAUUCUCCGUCUUCUUUCCUGAAUUCCAAAUCUUCACCAAUGUCAUCCUCCCAUAAAAGUUCCAAAUCAUCUCAUCAAAGUACUGAAUCAUCUAAGCAUUCAAAAUCUUCUCAUUCAGAAUUUGUGCAUAAAAGUUCCAAGAGUUCUUCAUCAGAUAAGCCACCAACUCCUUCACAAAAAGGCUCCAAGCCAUCUACACCGUCAUCUCAGAAAAGUUCUAAAUCUCCUAUAUCACAUAAAUCUACAGCUCCAUCACCAACAUCUUCUCACAAAAGUUCAGCAAAAUCUAGUCACCAUUCAUCUUCAAAAUCUGGUUCAUCUAAGAAAUCUAGUGAUGAGGUAAAGAGAGUGGACAAAACACCUGACGAAAUGAUCAGAAAAGGAAAGACAGCAGAUCAAGAGAAAAAAGAAAAAGCUUCUUCUGAUUUAUCAAAGGAGCACAAAAGUUCCUCAAAGUCUAGUAGCAAACACAAAGAGAAAAGUAGUGAAAAACAUUUAAAAUCUGAUUCUUCAAAAGACACAAAAAACAAAAGUGAAAGUAAAGAAAAAGAACCAAAAAGUAAGGAAAAGGAGGUUAAGAAAAUAUCUGAAACGAAGGACAAGGAGAUACGGGUGAAAAGUGAAAGUAAAGACAGGGAGAUCAAGAACAAAAGUGAAGGCAAAGACAAGGAAGUGAGGAAUAAAGUGGAGUCAAAGGAAAAAGAACAUACUAAAGAGAAAAUUGAACAAGUAGAGAAAGAGUCAAAGAGCAAAACUGAAAACAAGGGGAUUGAAAAAGAAAAAGUGUUGAAAAGUAAAAAGGAGAACAAAGAGAAAGAUAGGAAAGAAAGUAAAAAACAUUCAAAAGACAAAAAACAUUCUGGAAGAGAAAAAUCGAGAUCUGAUUCUAUAAAAGAAAUCAAAACUACUCCAAAAGAAGUAAAAGCUAAAGAAAAAAAUGAAGAAGAUAAAUCUCAAAACGUUUCCUUAAACAAGGAGAGUAAAACUAAAGCCAGAACAGUUGAAAAAGGUACAGAGGACUCUAUUAAAAUAUUGGAAAAAGAAAAAGAAAGAGCUGCAAAAGAAGCCAAAGUCAGGGAAAUUUCUAAAUUUUUACAGGGAAGCAAAACAUCAAGUAAGGAAAAUAGAAACAAAGAAAAUGAUGAGAAAUCAAAAUCAAUUAAGCAGGAAACUAAAAAUAAAGAAAACGAUGAGAAACUGAAAUCAAUUAAGCAGGAGACCAAAAAUAAGGAAAACGAUGAAAAGCUAAAAUCAAUUAAGCAGGAAACUAAAAAUAAGGAAAACGAUGAAAAACUGAAAUCUUCUCACCAUUCAUCAAGUAAUGGUAAAGAAGCAAAGAAAAAAGAAGGUUAUGAAUCUUCAGCUAGAAAAUUUGAUUCACCUGUAAAGGAAAAGCCAGUGGAAGUAGAGAUGAAGAAAGAACAUGUUAAGAUAGAAAAUUCAGAAGAGAAAGUUGCAAAGACUGCUAACAUAUUGAAGGAAUCAAAAACCGAUUUGAAAUCAAAUUUACAAGAAGAAAAGUUGAUUUCUAAGACAGAACUAUUUCUGAAAGAAGAAGAAACCACAGAAAUUACUUUUGAAGAUUCUAUUGAGAAUCUGGGGAAAGCCCCUAAUGGUGAGGAUUCUGCAGAGAAUCUGGGCAAGGCCCCCAAUGGUGAGGAUCUCUAUUCUCUGCUUGAGUUACAUGAAAAACUUGAAAGAAUACAAGAUUCUGUUAUCUUAGAAAAGGUUGUACUUGCUAUACAAGAAACGGGAAUGUAUAAUGUUGGGGAAACGACCUUUGACUUUGACCUGUGUGUCCUUGACAGCAAAACUGUCAGACUCAUUGAAAAUUUUAUCAGUAAUAAUGCAGUGUCUGCAAUGUAAAAAAAACAAACUUUUGAAGUUCUGAUUUUUUAUAAAUUUCAUUACUUAUGCAUGAUUGCUUAAAUACAAAAAGAGUAAAAUGUUUAAACAAAGUAUUUAAAUUUCACAUGAUGUGGGUAUCGGACUGAAAAGUUAAGUAAAUAUUAAGCAGAAGGUUUUUGUAUUUUAGCAAAUCAAGUUUCAGUUCUCUUUUGCAGUAAUGAUGUAAUAAAAUAGUUUUCAAACAUUUUUAUGUAUACUAAUGCAAAGUGCUAAAUUGUACAUUCUUGGACUUUUUAUUGCCUUUUUGUUUUAUAAAUUAUUUCAGAAAUUGAUUGUAUAUUUUUGUACAUGUUGUUGAACAUGUUGUUUCACAUGUUGUUUCUUUGUGCUGUUGUGUUUUAUUGUUUUAAUAACAUUGUUUUAAACAGUUUGGAAAUCAUUACUUAACUGUCAGGACGGGAAAAUAUGCUGAAUGAAAUAUUGAUUUCAAUUUGAAAUGUAACUAAAAUAGUCAAAUGGUGGGAGGAGUCCUGUGAAACAUAAAAAAGGUAUAUAACAUGUGACUCUUCAUUGUCAAGAUCUAUUAGAUUCCACAGAUUUAUAAUUGCACCAUUUAGUUAUAUUAUGUUUAAUGAAUAUCAUCUGUCAUGGAUUGGGUUUGAACAAUGUAAAAAAACAUGACAAGAAGACAAAUCAUCAUGUAAAAAGUAAUGUCCUCCUUUUAUAAAGACCCUUAAUCUAUUCAUGAUCAAUUUGAUUUGGACUAAAUUGAAUUUUUUUUUCAUAAUGAAUUUGUGCUUCACUUUCCUGAAAUUAUUUUCAUGUGUUAUAACAGUCUCAGAUUGCUUACAUAUACAUUGUUUAGUCUCUUGUGGAUAGUUGUCUCAUUGGCAAUCAAACCACAAUUCCUUAUUUUAGAUUUCCGUACAUUAUCUGUGGCAAAGUCUUUAACAUGUAUAUGUUAAAUUAUGUUAGAUUAUACUGGUAUGUAAUUGACUUUUUUUCCUUUCUAAAAAAAUAAUAUCUUGUACUAGAAUUGUUUUUUUAUUGCAAUGCGAAAUGCAAUGAUAUGUUUUACUGUGACCACCUGUUAGAAGAGUAGAUAUCGUAAAGAAGAAAGGAGGAUCUGGUAUUUUGAUUGAUCUGUUUGGAGUGUAUAUAUAUAUAUAAAUAAAUGUGUACUACCUUUGUUAGAAACUCUGUCAUGAGCUGUACUGAUGCUAGACAGUAGAAGAGCGGUGCUAUGUAUAGUACUUAAGCAUAUUUGAUGUUUGUAUAGUAAAUAUCCUAAAUUGAGAAGACCAGAAUUAAAUUUUGACAAAAUGUGCCAUACUAUUGAAACUAUUAUUAGAUUUAAAAAACAGUCAAUUUGAUAUGAAAUUCUGCUCAUAAAUUUAGCAAGUUUCAAUUUAUUUUGUCUUUUCAAUUUAUGAUAUUUUGAUGUUGGAUCAGAGUUUUGUUGAAAAAUAAGAUGUGCCAAAGAAAUCAAAAAAAGUUCUUAGAACAUGUAUUGUCAUGUGCAUUCAUUAUUGUGAUUAUAUGACAGACUUUUGCAAUUGACCCUUUUGACCGUUCCAUGAUAAAAUUUAAUCAUUGAUAUAAGCUAUGGUAUAUGCCAAUUUGCAAUAUGUUGCUUGAAAAAACUGGCAGUUAUGUUCAUUUGAAAAUUUCUGAAGAUUGUAGCCUUUUCCCAUUAAUGGGAGCUUCUAAGUCAGUCUUGAUACAAUGGUGAAGGAUCCAUAUCUUAUAUUACAUAAGCAGUGAUAUAUAUGCAGUCCCUGUUAAGUUAUCUGGCUACAUAGUGUAUCAAUUUGUUUAAGAUUUCUCACUUUCUAAUCUUAAAAGGUCUGUAAAAGUGAAUAAAGGUGAAAACAUUUGUAGAUAAUUUGUAAUUUCUUUCUCAAUGAUUGCUAAAGAAUUUGGUCAUAAGAUUAUAUCGUGCUCCUGUUAGACAUAACACUUUAUUUUACACAUACAUUUAUUUGUAUAGGGUAAAAUUUAGAAAUAAAGAUAACAUUUUUCCGAAGAGAAGUAUGAUAUUCAGUGAAAACUUGCAUUCACAUUACCAAAGGAUUUUAAUUAGUAGCAGUAAUUAUUGUAAUUUAAAAGAAACAAAAACCUGUGUACUUGUUACUCCCUACUGGAUGAUUAAACUGACAUUUUUUGCUUCGACGAAGAUCCUUAAUGAUCUGCAGUAUUUGAAAGCUUAGUUGCUGGUCUAGUUAUUUUUAGUUUUUGGAUGCAUCUUAGUGUUUUAAUUAAAUAAAAAUGCAUGUAGUAGAUAUCCUUCUGCUUGAGUGGAAAUAUAUAUUGUCAGUUUUUAUAACUGCUUAUUCCAAACUUCACAAAGUGUUAGUCCUACUAGAUGAUUCUGUUGACAAGAUAGCUUACUUAUGCAGUAGAAAUACUUCAAAGUCUUGAAAUUUUGCAUUUUGUCAAAAACAGUAUGUUAAAAGUUACAUUUGUUAUAUGUUGUAAAUGAAAAAUGGCAAUAUUGUUGUUGUUUCUAUGUUGAUUUUUCAAACACGAUGUUUUGUUUUGUUUUUGGUCUUGAAGGGAAUGACUUGUAUUAUAUUUGAACAACAAGUAGGAACUUAAAAUGUUUUACAUUUUCAUGAAUGAGUACAAAGGCAUUUGUUGUUCAUCAACAUUAUUUUCUGGUUUGGUGACCUUGUUAACUUCAUUAUAUGACUGAAAGCAAAACAUUUUAAAUUUAAGUUCAUAGCCAAACUUACAUGACUUAUUUUUAGUUGAAGUUAAAAUGAAAUAAAGAAGGUUGUGUCAAAAAUCAGUGGCAGUAAAUUUAAACGUCUUUUUGAUAAGUUCGCCUCUUGUUAUAAUGCAAUUUUGUCAAGAGGUUUGAUUUUCCUGUCAAUAUCUACCUAAGGAGACAUAAUCAGCUCACCAUCUUUGCAAUGAGGUUCUGGGCUUACAGUUGUUGUCUCCAAAAGGGAGUUGGUGUAGUUAAUUUACUGCAAUAUGAAAUUUGAAAGGACAGAAGGUUGCACCAAGCAGCUGAAAAAUACCCAGUGAAAUUUUGUGUGUGGGUUAUAUUAAGUGACAUUGAAUCCCUAUCAGUAUACACAUGGAUUGGUAAGAAUCUUGAAUCUUUUUUUGUUGACCUCUUGACCUAGGUUAUAAAUGUCUGUUAUUGUUUAUAAUUUAUAUUGAUGUAUUGGUAAUCUUACUUGUAACAUGUGUAAUUAAUGUGUUUUAGAAAUGCUUUAUGGUGGGCAAUGCACCCCUAUUAGAUAUGUAAUCUUUGUGUUAAUUAAGGCAGCAAAUCCAUGAAGUACAUGGCAUGGAAUCUUUAGCUUGCAGUACUACAAGUAAAUUGAUUCACGGAAAAUGAAAAUUCUAGAAGAUCUUUUAUUGGAGCAGUUUGGAUUACUUUAAAUAAUGUUAAGUGUUGACAUUUCCAAAACAUUAUGUUUUACAAUGAUCCUCUAUGAACUGGAGACAAUUGAUCUAAGUUCUGAUUUCAAGUUAACUGUUAAAGUUGCAUAAAGCUUUCAAGCCUCAUUGUAUGAAAUUUUAUAGGAAUAAAGACUUAUGUUGAAGGAAUUACCUAAAGUAUUAACUCUGAUGAUUUUCUCACUAAAUAAAAACCCAAGAAUCAUAUCAAAAGCGUUUUUAAGAUUUUUUUUGUUUCAUUUCUUUAGUUUUAAAGCUGCUUUUUUAAAGUAAAAGUAUUAUUUCACAGUUGUUAUUUUUUUUUAUUGUUGAAACAAUUAAAUUAACUUUAAACCUUUAAUCCUUGCCAAACAUUAUAUUGUUAACUGUUAUCUGAAUUAAAAUGUUGCUCCUUUGUUGUUUAAAGAUUUUAACAAGCAAAAUUGAAAAGUGGUUAUUUCUGAGGGAUUUUCAAGAAAUUAUUGUACUUCAAAGUCUUGGUCUAAAAAAAAAGUAUCACUGAUGGAUCUAUUACAACAAUACUUAUGAUUCGAAAAAAAAAAACCCUAUAUAAUUUAUUGAAAGUUUAGGAUUGUAAAAACAAACUAUUCUAAUUUUUCCAAUAUUCUAAGAUUAAAAGUACUAGCUCUGCAGAUAUCUUCUUGAGAAGAUUCUUUUACCAUAUGCUUAUGUACUUAAAACACAAUUGGUUGUUGUCAGUGUAACUGAUUCAAUGGGCCUCUUGUAAGUUAAGGCUUAUAUUAUCAUUUAGGUUAACAGAUUGCUCUUGCAGUUGUGACAGGUAUUAUUUAUUGGAAUGUGAGUCUAUAAGUGAUGAUCUCUUUUUUCAUGACAUUGUAAAUUGUCCAUAAUCAUAUUUAUUUCAUUCAUUGGUUGUUAGUCAUAUUUUUAUGUGAAGCAUUCGUCACAUAUCACUAGUAUAAUGUAUAAUCAGCACUCAAAACAUUAAUGUGCUUCACAAACUGAGAUACUGAUUGGUAAACUGUUCAGAUCAUAUUCUGUGAAAAAGUAAUUGACAAAUAGUUUGCACUAUACAAUCCCUUUUCAUUUUCUAGAUCAUAUCUAUCAGCUUCCACAUGUAAUUUUGUAAGGUAUUCUUAUGGCAAAAUAUCCUUCAUUUCUACGUGCCAAACUUUUUACAGAAUUAUAGGAGUCGAAUCAAGGUUUGUGAAAAGGGGGUCUUAAAUGUAAAAAAUAAUUGAUUAUUUAAAAAAAAAUUAAAACUUUUUCUCAUAAAGGUGGCAUAGGCUGUCUCCCUUUCCCCUCCUCAAAAUCAGCCACUGGAAUUAAAUGGACUGCCUUUUGAUUAAAAAAUACUUGUUAAGCAGUAGUGGUUAGUCUUUUUAUGAAUUUUAUUCUGUCAGAGGGGAUAAAUUUAUUUUCUAAAUAUGAUCUUUUAUAUUUUAUGAACUGUAUUCUUAUAAGUACAAUAUACAUGUCUUUAUUUAUUUAGAAUUAUAUAUCAUUAUUGAUUAACUAAACCCUCUUUUCCAAUUUAUCUUUACAAUGCUAGAAUAAUGUAUUUAUUGAUGAAAACCAGUCUUUUUAAAUUCAUUCCCAUACAUAGAAUAUGUUCUGGACAGUUUUCCAAGUUCACUUACUGUUUAAAACUUCAGAAGCACCAGCUACACAUAAUAAUCUGUUUGUUUGUUAUAAAAUAUUUUAAAAUAAUAUACAUGACUUGUUACCAUUGUAAUUAACUUAAUACAUCUUUCAAUUUCAUUGGGAAAUUUUUGAGAUUUUUCAUUUUAAUAUUUAUUGUUCUCAAGAUUGUUAGUGCAUUCAGACAAGAGUUUACAGACUAUGUUGACCCCUUGGCAUUCACUGAUAAAGCAAAUAAAUUGCAAAUUGAAUAAAUUAAUUUUUUUUGUUGUUGUUGUUGUUGUAUUGAUCUGGCAAAUUUACCAGAAACAAUGAAACAUUACUAGUAAGAAAUUUAAACCUCACAGGUGCAUGUUCUUACAAGGAUAAAAUGAAUAAUGUCUAUAAACUCUUUACAAUCCUUCAUUAUAACCAUAUCACUUGGGCUGCACAAAAUUAAAUAAAAGUGAUAGUUACAUUUUCUGAUCUGUACCUGGAAAAUAUAUAAUUCCAAAUAUUCUUGGAAAGAUAAAUGAUCUAAGAAUAUUUAAAGACAAUAAGGGGAACGAAACAUGUUGGUUUCCAUUAUUUAUUUGUGCUGUAUUUGAUUAUAAAUCAGAAUUUAUUUUUAUUAAAGUACAGAAAAGUGCAGAUUUUUUCUUCGUAUUACACUAACUUAAAUAUUAUAAUUCUAUGCUUGUUAAUAUUUCCCUGGUUUGGAAUUUACCCUUUACAGUGUUGACUUGUGUUUCUAUAAUUGUUGAAUGUUUUCUUUAUUUUUCUUUUUAUACUUUCAUUGGUGCUUCUGAAAAGAUACGAAAAUAAAAUCUUAAAUUCA